CAUUCUCUCCACCUCUCCAUCCCACUCCACCUCUCCAUCCAUUCGUCCCAUAAGCACUCUCCCCCUCGUCUUCGCCUUCCUUUCCUCGCCCGUGCUUGCCUCCUUCCUUACCCAACCUCCUCUACCCCUCUUUCGCUCCUACAGCCAUGUCUUCCGCUGUGGCCGAAGCUGCGUGCUCACACAUCAUCCAGGCGCUGCAGAGCCACCUCUCCUUCCUCCACGACCAGGGUGUCAUCGCCGACGACUCCCUGAAGAUUGUCUUGGCCGAGAUAUGUAAACUUGACCUUCAAGCCAUAUCCGCUCCUUGGAGCAAUGCCUCGCUGCAUAACCAGACCCAUCAGGAACCACACCUGAGCAAGCAAUCGCCCGAUAGCGACCUGCAAAUGCUUGUCCUGCCUUCCAGAAAAUCCACUAUCAUUGUCAACUCUGUAGAGUCGACGUCGCUCGCUUCCGACAGCCCCGCUCACAAUACCUACCCCUACUCUCACCAGCACCACCAAGUAGACGAUGCCACAAGCGAGAGCGGCGAUGAGGUCGACCACGAGUCCGAUCGCCAGGAACAGGAACGCUUGCUGAGGCAGGAGCAGCUGUUGGUGCAUACCCAAGCUGACCACCUGAGCAGCGACUUGACCACGGGCGAGCUCGACAACCUUGUGGCCACAAGCGCAACGGACGACCAAGAUCAGGACGAUAGCGAAGUUGCAGUGCUGGAGGAAGCUGAUGGCGACGAGGACGAACAGGAGGCCAUCCAAGUUGUCCGCGACCGAGAGCUCUCAGCAUCGCCCAGCCCUCCCUCUACAAAGCCCGAGCUGCCGCCUCUGCUCUUCUCCAACCACUCCAAUGCCAAUGUUUUAUCCCCAAAGCCGACUGAAGCUCUCUAUGAGGAAGUUCGUACACAAACCUCCAGUGCGGCUGCUACUGCUACUGUUGCCGCAGCCGCAGCCGUGCCUCAUUCGCACCAUAUCUCGCAAGGUUCUGUGGACUCUUCGCUUGCCCAACCAACAGCCCGCUUCGAUUCCCCUUCUGCCGCCGCACUUGUGCACGCUAGUCAGGAUAAACAGGAUGAGCGCGCGGGAAGCAUCCAUGGUUCUGUGCCCCCAGCCUCAGCUAAUUUAGAGCAAUAUGAGCACGGAAACGCCACGGCCCAGUCCUCCAAACAUGAGCAUCCUCUAGCAGCCAGCAGCCCCCUGUCGGCGCAGCCCACGAUCUACAACCCAGUAUCCUCUCCGCCUGUAGUCUACCAGCCCCCAUUGAUCACCCCUCAACAGCAUCAGCAACACCAGCAACACCAACAGCACGAGCAAUCACGUCAUGUCUAUCAGCCCAAUCUUCCCUCGCCUAGUGAAGAUGCCACCAUGUCUAUUUCCGAUAUCUUGAAUGAGAUGGAAGGCAGCCAGCCAACUGCGCAUGGCAAGCCGCCAUCAUCGUCUCACAAUAUCCAUGAUGUGUCUGCCAGCACCGCAGUGUCGAUCGAUGCAAAGGAUUUGAUGGCAUCUGUGGAAUCUGGAAAGCACAAUGGUCAGCGUGGACCGACCCCACCGCCCAAGGAUGAGUCCAAUGCGCCAGUGACCUACCAGCCCCCGCCGUCCGUCCAAGCGCUGCCCCAGACAAAUACGGAGCCGACCUCUUCAACCGGCCCAUCAGCCUUCCCGGAUCAAAUUAUACCGCAGCCUCUGGCAAUGCCGGUUCAGGCUUACCAACUAUACCAGCCAAAGCCUUACCAGCCAAAGCCUUACCAGCCGAAGCCGAAGUCCUCUGUCAAAAUUAAUGCUCAAGGCCAGCAAUCGCAGACUCAAACUCAGGGACAGGACCUGGCAGGACAGAACACAACACUUCAACCUCAACCCGAGACUCAGUAUCAGGCACAGGCACAGGCACAGGCACAGGCACAGGCACAGGCACAGGCACAGGCACAGGCACAGGCACAGGCACAGAACCAGACGAUCCCACAACCUCAAAUUCAGUCGCAGGCACCGGUACAGUUCCCCACGCAAGUUCAGCCUCCAGGCUCGCAGCCAACUUCGUCACAGCCUUUCCAAUACCAGGAGCAGCCAUUGCAACAGCAGGCUGUUCAACAGGAACAGCAGCCUGUUCAACAGCAACAGCAGCCUGUUCAACAGCAACAGCAGCCUGUUCAACAGCAACAGCAGCCUGUUCAACAGCAGCAACAGCCUGUUCAACAGCAACAGCAGCCUCUUCAACAACAACAGCAGCCUCUCCAACAGCAACAGCAGCCUCUCCAACAGCAACAGCAACCCCUUCAACAGCAACAGCAACCCCUUCAACAGCAACAGCAGCCUCUUCAACAGCAACAGCAGCAGCAAAGCCUUCAGCAGCAGCAGUAUCAUAUGCAACAACAGUAUCAGGCGCAUCAGCAACAACAGCAGCAACAGCAGCAAAUGUAUUACCAGCAGCAGCAGCAGCAACAGCAGCCUCUGCCGCAUCAGCCAAUUCGUACUGGAUCCGAUCUGAAUAACCCAAUCCAUGCUGGUGGACCUUCUUCGGCCAACUCAUCGGCGAGUGAGUCGUCUUCCAAGCCUGCGGGCAAGGGCUGGAUGAGUGCAAUUCGUAGCACUCUUCUUCAUAAGGAUCCAAAGAGGGACUCCAAGGACGGCAAGGGUCAUCAUAGCACAUAUCCGGAAAGCCCGUCUCAUCCAGCCUCCACAGGCGCUUUCCCACCAUCUCAGACGCAGCACGGAUCACAGCAGGCACAGUUCGGGCCGUCCCAUAGCCAUUAUGGGGCACCUUCAUCCCAAUAUGGACCACCUCAGCCGCAUCUCGUUCAAGGACAAGCCCCAGUGUCAGCGCCAUAUGGUGCAGGCCAACCUGUUAGCGCUAUCUCUGGUGCACCCUUGAGCGCGGCGCUGACAGCCGGACCUGCGCUUGGUUCAGCGGCACCUGUUCAAGCACCCAUUCAUGGCCGCAAUGAGUCGUUCCAAAGCGACUCGAACGCAGCAUCAGCUACACCUCAACUUCAGCAGCAACAUUAUCAGCUCCAACAGCCCAUUCAGCAACAACAGCAGGGUCAACAACAUCCUUAUCAGAUGCAACAGCAGCAGUCUUAUCAGGGUCAGCAGCAGCAGCCAGUAGCCUCCCAGCCUUCUGGACAACAGCAGCAACAGUAUCAUCACCAGCUGCAGCCUGCGGUUUCAUUGCAAACCACUCCUGCGAUGGGUGUAGAGGGCAAUCAGGCUGAGCCUUUGGCAACGCAUACUGAUCAGAAUAAGAGUAUGGACCGCCCUUCCAAUAUGUCCAAUUCUUCCUUCAAUAGCACGUUAAGUCCAGAGACUCAUGAGGCCGCUUCUGCAGCUUCCGCAGCUUCUGCAGCUGCCGCUGCAAUCCAGGCUGCUCGUCUCACGACGUCCUCUUCCCCCGGUCCAAGUCAGAGCGUCCAUCCGGAAGGCGCUAUCACUGGUCCCUAUCAGACACCGAUCCAACCGCAGCCGCAGCCCUCGGUACAACAGCAGGAGCAGUCGCAUCCAGUGCCUGCCUCGCCCACUUCUGAUACCGGUAGUCGCGUAUCUAUCACCUCUGAGGUCCGCAAUAUUCAGGUGAUUGCGCGCGCUCAAGCAUUGUUUGAUUUUGCGGGCGAGGACGAAGGCGACUUGCCCUUCAAGGUCGGCGACAUCAUCAACGUCAUCGAGUUCUAUAGUGAAUGCGGAUUGGUGGCGCGGUAUCCUCAAAAAGGAUGUCGGUAUCUUCCCAACCGCCUAUGUUCAGGAGUUAAAACCCCCUGCGAAUGGCCAGUACCCGACCAUCUCGGUCUCUGUUCGGCAAUCGAUUAUUGGUUCCUCACCAACGGGUAGUGUCCAGCAGCAAAAGGAGCAAGGAUUAGGAUCUCUCGCCAAUCCAUUGCAGGCCCAGCCCUCGUUCCGUGCCAACUAUCAGCCAUCGCUCGGAGGCG